GAAGUCGAACGUUUGCACAACGUAUGCGCGAAGUGACUGAGAAAAAAACCUCCAAAACAUGUGAAUUCCUUAACAAAUUUCAAUAUAACGAGCAGAAUGUGCGAUGACUAUGAUACAGACUUUGAUUCGGACGAAGAAGGGUUUGAAAGAGAGAAUUUGAUUGAUGAUAUUCAGAAAAUACGCCUUGCGCUCGCUGAUAGUGACGUCGAAGAAGACGAAGAUGAAUAUGAAGAAGAAGAAGAGGAAGAUAACAUUAACUUUAUAGAGACGAGUUCCUUCAAACUUCAUCGCUCAGACCUCACUACUAACGAUACACAGAGAUGUGUAUCACAACGUCAAAACACAAGUCCCCCAGAGGGAUGUGAAGCCGAACCUACCUUAACUGAACUAGUUCCUAUGACAACAGGUGUUUCCAGAAAUGAACAAGAAAGUGGAGAAAAUGUAUUGAGUCAAUUAGUAAAAAAUAGUUCAUUUCCAUUAUCUGCUGAAAUGUCACCGAAACCAGGUCCGAGUGGUUGUCAUGGUAACCUCUUAGAACCAUGUAAUAAUUUGUCCAUAUUAACUAUUGAACAGCAUAAGCCUGAAACAACCUCCAUCACCUCUGUUGACAUUUCUACUACAAGCAUUGAGCCGAAUAACAGUAUCACCCAAGAACAAGCUAUUUAUAACUUUGCUGCUAUGCAACAAAGCAUAGCCGUCCAAGAAGAAAUUGAUAAUGACAAUAAUGAUCUCAGUAUAGAUGAUGAUGUAGAUCUUAGUUCUCUUGAUUUAAGGGAUACCAUAGCAUUGAGUUUAGCUCACAACCAACAAUACCAGUCUCAGAUUCUCAAGGAACUGUGUGGUAUUGAAGUAGCAUUAGAAGAUAAUAAAAUGAAACAGAUGAGUCUAAGUCAAGCAAAGCUCACUGAAGAAGAAGAAAUCCAACAAGCACUACCUUCUUUGUACUUGUUUUCUUCUCCAUACUUUAGAGAUGCUGAUGGCCAUAGAGCAAAGACAAAAUGGAAUGCCAAGGAGGAUAAACUACUUUCUGAGGGAGUGAGGAUGCAAAACCUGAAAAACAAGUUGUCACCUUUGUUGAUGAGUCUCAAAAAAGCUCAAAGUAAGCUUAACGUUGACCCAGUAGAAGUGUCCCUCAUCAAUAAAAAAAUCAAGGAAGUAAGGGAGUUGGCACCCAGAGCUCUGGAACAAGACCUGGAAGGCCUUGACUGGGAAAAACUAAGCACUGAAUAUCUGCCAAAGCGAAGUGCAAUGGAGUGCCAGCUGCGUUGGUGUCAUUUUGGUCAUCCUCGUGUGAACCGAAAACCAUGGACUAAACAAGAAGACAAGAAGCUACUACAAUUGGCCAAAGACAAGGAUCAUGAUGAGAUCAACUGGAAUGAUAUUGCACAGACUAUACAGACGAACAGAACGCCACUCCAGUGUUACCAACGCUUCCAAAGAAGUUUAAAUAAAGAAAUCUUGAGAAGCAAAUGGACGCCUGAGGAAGACGAGCAGCUCACAGAGUUGGUCAAGAUAUUUGGCGAGGGGAACUGGCAGAGAAUCGCAGGUUACUUGGAAGGACGUAUGGGCGAACAGUGUAUGAAUCGUUACAUGAAGGCAUGUAAACCAUCAAGAAAAGGACGAUGGACCACAGAGGAGAAUUAUAAUCUCCUGGAAGCAGUUCGCUUUGUUGGGAAACUCAACUGGGAAAGAGUGGCGGAAUUUGUACCGGGAAGGACUGGGACCCAAUGUCGUGAGCGACACACAGGAGCUUACAAUAAAGUCUCGUUAGAACGUGCACGUGCACAUGUCUCCUACAACAGUCCUACAAUGCCAUUCCACAGUUUUAGACUUUCUCUUCGUUACCGGAUGAAUAUUCUGCGCAAGAAGAGAGAGAUGGUCUCGAACUUUGUUGGUAGAAGUCACGAAAAGCCAACCCUUACACCUGAGGAUUUGGACAUUCAGGAUAUUCCCGUCAGUCGAAAAGAAAUGGACAAAAGAAGGAAGAAAAAACGAAUCAAAACAGAACCAAUAGAACAAGAUGCAGUAGAUUAUCAAGAUAAGGACCAAGGCAACCAGUCCACGAGUAACCAUCAAUUAGCAAUUACCGGGGAUGAUCACGUGACUGCUACUAAUCACGUGGUAACACCGGAAGAGAGCAGGCGAGGAAUUAUGGGUAAUGACGAAAUAAGCCCAAUAGAAAGGAAAGUUAUCAAACGAAGAGUGAGUGAAUCUAGCGAUAGUGAUGAGGACUGGAAUGAAUGCGUUGAGAUUAUCGAUAUGAGUGAGCUGGGGACAAGAACGAGUGCCAGGAAAAGACCAAAUGUGAACUACUCGUUUGCUGAUGACUUUGUUAGUGACUUGAGUCAGGAUGAGGAGGAGGACGAGGAGAAAGAGGAGAAGGAGGAGAAGGAGGAGAAGGAGGAGAAGGAGGAAAAGGAGGAGAAGGAGAAGGAGAAGGAGAGCAAUGGCCCUAGCAAACAUGUCCCCGGCGACAAAUCUGACCCAAAAACGCCAAGCAUAAGCAAGACUAUAAUUACCAGUUACAGUUCAUCACUAGCCCACGUUCCAACACCACCCCCAGUACCAGUACCAUCAACCCACGUCCCAACACAGCCCCCUGUACGGUUUACAGCUCCAGCAGCAGUACCAGAACCAGCACCAACACCAGUACCAGCACAAUUACCAGCACCACCAACCCACGUCUCAACACCAGCACCAGCACUAGUACCAACACCAGCGCCAGUACCAUUACCAGCGCCAGUACCAUUACCAGCGCCAGUACCAGCACCAGCACCACCAACCCACGUCUCAACACCAGCACCAGCACCAGCGCCAGUACCAUUACCAACACCAGCACCAGCGGCAAUACCAGCACCAGCACCACCAACCCACGUCUCAACACCAGCACCAGCGCCAGUACCAGUGCCACCUUCAGUACCAGUACCAGUACCAGUACCAGUACCAGUACCAGUACCAGUACAAAACCAAGUCCAAGUAGAGGGCAGUGUCGCCUCAUUCUCUCUCUUACUUCAGGUAAGAACUGAUAACCGCUGCUUUAUAUUCCCUGAAAAGCAGGAAUGCCAUUUACUUCUUCCACCCAGAGCAUUUACUUCCCUUUCUUCGUCUUCAAAGGUGUCCACCCACUUUUUUUUUCAAGCAUCAGGAAAACUCUGUACAAUUUUCCUCCAUUUUUUGUCAAUUACCUUUUUCUUUCUUUUUAAGGCCUUCAAUAUCAACGUGUCAGCGGUACUACAGAAAGUUAAACCCACUCCUUCCCAAGAUACUGUGCAAUCUUCUAACCCAACUGCGAAUACAACUGGUCAGCCUUCACCUCUAUUAUCUACAAAUACUUGUGUCAAUGAAUCUAGUUCGUCGCAGUCUCUCAUGACUCAGUCUUCCAAUACAGACAACUCGAAAUCUUUUAACGUAUGUGAAACCCCAUCAACUAGCAGUCAGCGGUCAUCCACUGUGCAUUUAAUUGAAGAUAACACUGGUACUCAGUCUCUUCCAGAGACUCGUGCAAAAAAUCUAGAAGAGUCUUCAGCGAAAAAUCUAGAGGACAGUACGACCAAACUUGAUGCAAAGAGAGAAACUCUUAGAACUUCUAGUCCGAAGAAAACUGGUGACGAAUCUGCUGUGGUUACUUCACGCUCGCCUUCAAAACGAAAAUCGACGACUCCACGAAGAACAAGAAAAUUCUCCGAACAACAAACACAAAACUUGUCAGAUAGAAUAGAAAAUAUUAUUCAACAGAACGAGAAAGUACUGGCAACCAAUAAGAUGUCCAAGAACCCUCUGAUUGACCGUGACAACGAAAGCCAAAAUGAACUAAGGAAGCCGGCAACACCUUCAAUCCCACCGCUCCCACCAUGUCUGACUACACUCAAGGGCUUUAAGACGUUAAUGAGCAUAAAGGGGCAGUUAGAAAACCUGGCUCGUAAAGCCCACAAUAACGUUACUGAAAAUGUAUUGAAUAGUCUGCCGACGAGCACCGCGUCCCGGGUAAUCGAUAGUCCUUCGGAAUAUACUCGUUCAACCACUAACGUCUCUACUUCAAGUACGUCGCUGAGAAAGUCUUUAAGUGCUGUAAUUACUCCCUUAACAGUAACUAGUUCAAUUAGUACUUUAUCAACACGAGACCAAUUAAGUACCGUGAGUACGUGUAUGAGUAAUGGUACUUCUACGAGGACUACCUCGAGUCCUUUGGACUUUACAUCAACGACAGCUACUUCAAGUAUAAUUUGCUCUAUUAAACAGGAGCGGAGAUCAAAAAAGUCUCCAUCAGCCGGUGUUGCUAUAACGACAAAUGCAGCUAUACCAAGUGGAUCUAUAGAGCAUACACCAACAGUAACACACCAGUCAAAUUCGUUAGCAUCGCUUCCAAUGGCCGAUCAAGGAUUUUCUCAGGAUUCCUUCGUUAAAUAUUUUCUCUACAGAAAAGCACCUGAAUAUAAGGUUCUUGCCUCUCGCUUCCGUAGCUUGUUCCUGUGGCCGAUGUUAUUGGCAAAAGUGCCCCUUGUAGGAAAAGUCCCUAAGAACUUGUUCAAGGAACGUUCCAAGCAGUAUUCUCAGAAUUGGGGUUUCCCCUACAUGUUUGCAUUGCCUGUACCAACUACGCCUGUACCAACUACGCCUGUACCAACUACGCCUGUACCAACUACGCCUGUACCAACUACGCCUGUUAGCUCUAGUCUUAGCACCAGCAAACCAAAAUCAUCUGCUAGAGGAACCAAGUCUCGUAAAAGUUCUAAGAAAACCAAAUCUUCUUCUAGUGCAAAGGCAUCUAAACUCCCUAUCCCUACAAUCUCUACGUCUGAAGCAAGGUCUGGAAAUCAAGAGGACAAAGAUACGAACAAACUGACAGAAUUGAACAAAACGGCGGCCACGAGAAGUGAGAGAAGUCAAAAACGAGCUUUAAAAAGGAGUAAUCUGAAAUUUGGGGAAGAUAUGGAACCCAGGAAAAAGAGAAAGGUGAUAGCAGUUGUUUUAGGGAAAAACAAAGAGAGCAAGAAGGUACAGGAAUCUGCCGAUAGAGGUACAUCCGAUAGUACCGCGACGACACAAGAGUGUCAAAAUGGGCCUGCGAUAACAGAUAUCCCUUGUGAACCCAACAACGAUAAAGAAACAACAAAAACAACAGAUUUACCAGAGACCUGACCGCUCAAAACAAGAACAACAACAAGAAAGAACAAGAAAAACAGAUUUACCAGAGACUUGACCGCUCAAAACAAGAACAACAAGGAAGAACAAGACAAACAGAUUUACCAGAGACUUGACCGCUCAAAACAAGAACAACAACAAAUAAGAACAAGAAAGACAGAUUUACCAGAGAAUUGACCGCUCAAAACGAGAACGACAACAAGGAACAACAAGAAAAACCAGAUUUACCAGAGACUUGACCGCUCAAAACAACUAAAAAUUCUGAACUUGAAAGGGUAGACCGUGACAAAUCAUAGAAAAUAGUGUGAAAACGAAUUUUGCCAUUGAGUUCAUCCUCGCCAAUAUAACGUGUCAUUACAUUGAGUAUUAUUUUUCCUAAACGGUAUUGUUUGAGAAAAUAAACAUAAAGAUUUAUUUUUCCAAAGAAGUUUGAAAUUGUAAAAAGUUCAUGAACGACCAAUUAAUAAAGAACAAAAUCAAAAA